AUGGACUCAGGGCAUGUACCCACUCUAGUACCACCACCUCCUCCUCCUCCUCCGGCGAUUCAGCUACUCGAUCAAUCAGAAAAGGGGCCAACGAACAUCAGCCUUCCCAUCGAUGUCUCUGUGCUCCCGGUGGGAAAAGCAGGGACACCCUCGCGUCAGAGCAUUGACACCCGUCUCUUUCUCUGGCCCAGUACCUACCGAUACAUCUUUUCCCUUGUCUUCCUCGCAAAUGUGGCUGCGUUGAUCUACUUCAUUCUCAAAGAUUGGUCUGCGAUACGGUUCGUGGAUGCUGCUGCUGCGAACUUCUUAGCAAGCGCCUUGGCUCGUCAGGCGAUCGUGGUAAAUGGGAUGUUUCAGAUAAUGUGCUCCUUAUCACUCCGGCUACCCCUACGUCUUCGUCGUGUGGCAGCCAACAUUUACCAUUACGGCGGCGUGCAUAGCGGUUGCGGCGUGGCUGCGCUGAUCUGGUAUGUCGGGGUAGUUGUCAUGCUGACCCAGCUGGCCAUCAGGGUCCCGGGGGAUUCCCAUGAUCUCUCCAAUCACACUCUGAUUACGUUGAUCCUUGCCUAUCUCGUCCUCUUUCUGCUAGCUGUUAUCAUCGCAGUGGCCUAUCCCACGGUCCGACUCCGCUAUCAUAAUUCCUUCGAGUUCGCCCAUCGCUUCCUCACCUGGCUAGUCGUCGCGCUGUUCCUGAGUCUUCUGGUGCUCGUGGUGGGAGACUCCUCUCUCACUCCUAGUACUGCUAGUAUUUCUGUAUCCCCCGCGACCAGCCUCGUCCGUCUACCCGCCUUCUGGUGCGUCCUGAUCACCGUCAUCGCCAUCAUUCAGCCCUGGACACGCCUGCGACGCAUCCGCGUACAGGCAGAGCGGCUCUCCACUCAUGUCAUCCGUCUCCACCUAUCUGGAGCUGACUCACGGUUCGGGAAAACUAUCUCACUCGCUACUCACCCACUGCAGGACUGGCAUAGCUUCGCCACGUUCCCGGAUGAGCCACGCUGCAUAGAUAUUGACGAUGAGGAGGCGGCAACCGCAAAGACAAGAGCAGCCCAGGGCUACUACUGUUCGGUCCUGGUAUCCAGGGCAGGAGACUGGACGGGAGCGCGAAUCAACGACCCCCCGACAGAAUUAUGGACCCGGGGUGAACAGCCGUAUGGGUUCACCCGAGUGAUGCGACUCUUCAGACGCGUGGUGAUCGUGGCAACAGGCUCUGGGAUCGGCCCCUGUCUCGCAUUUCUAGCGGAAGGAGGAGAAGAAGCGUAUCGUCGCCCUGCCAUUCGUCUGGUGUGGCAGACUAGGUCGCCGCAGCAAACGUACGGAUCGCGGGUGUUGGACUUAGUGCAUCGGUUGGACCCGGAGGCCAUGAUACUAGACACUUCCAAACAAGGUCGACGUGUGGACCUGCUCCCGUGGGUCGUUGACCAUUGCUUGGCCUAUCGCGGCUUCGAGGCUGAAAUGGUCUGUGUCAUUAGCAAUCGGAGCUUGACCCAUACCCUGGUUUCUCAGCUUCGGGGGCGAGGGAUUCCUGCAAUGGGGCCGCUAUUUGAUUCAUGAGACUAUAUACUAGAUAUGUAGAUACGUAGAUAG